AUGGGGCCUUCCAAAGUAACUCUUAGUGAGCGAAAGAAAAAGGCAGAUUCUUCGAAGUCCUCCACGAAAUCCUCUGCCAAAACUGCUGCCAAAACUCCAAUUGUCAAAUCUCCGCAAGAUUUCAAGAGCUCCGAAUUUGUUGGAGAAAGCGACAAUGAAAAUGACGAGCCGAAGGGAAACACAUCGGAAUCAGAUAGCGAUAACGAUUCUCUGCCAUCGAAUCCCGCUGUGAAAUCUACAUCUAAAUCCAAGUCCAAAUCGAAUAGCAAGGCCGCAGAGAGUAGCGACAGUUCCGAGGCUGAAAGCUCCGAAGAGAGUGAAAGUGAAAGCGGGAGCUAUGAGAAGGAGUCUGAAGAUGAAUCAAGUGCAAAUGCAAAGAAGUCUGUUGUGCCAUCGUCAUCUAAGAAAGAUGCCAAAACAGUAUCGAUGAAAGUUGCGCCCUUCAAGCCCCCUCCCGGAUUCGAAAAGUCUUCUUCAAAGAAUUCAAGUAAAGCACCACAAUUGUUCGGCAAGUCUAAUUUGGAGGGAAAAGAAAUUUGGUAUAUCACAGCACCUGCGUCGGUACCCAUUGCUUCUGUAACGGAGAUGUCGCUGCGAGAUGCAAAAUUGGGCAAAGCAGUAUUUUCGCAGAAUGGCAACGAUUAUGGUUUCGUUCACGACCCGCUUGAUGACAAGAUGUAUACCAAGAUCUUGUUACCAAGCAGUUCUAAAGAUGGUUACUCCAUUGAGAAAAAAUCCGUGGAUCAAAUAUAUCAUAUGCAACAAGUCGUUAACCUUUCUAAGGAGAAUUCCAGCCAAGCUACAGUGCCUGCGAAGCGACCUGUUCGUCAACAGCCCAAAGGUCUGAAGGCGCGAUACCAACCAAUUGGCUUUGCGAGCGCACCUGGUAUCAUUGGAUCUGACGAAGAUGAAAGCGAGUCAGAAGAACGCGCUCCCAAAUUCCAAAAAAUCGCAAUGUCAGAAGACGAAACAUCAGAUGUGGAGAUGGAAGAUGCACCGCCGGUGAAAAAGUCAAAAUCCGAUAAAUCGAAGAAGAGCCACAAAGACUCUGAAGAAAGUGCAGAUCGCUCAUCGAAAAAGAAGCACAAGGAUUCUGGAGAUAAGAAGAAAAAGCACAAGAGUUUGUUUCCAUCAACCUCCAUAGGAUCACAGGAACUAAAAACAUUGAAGAAACAGAAAGCAAUUGAGCUCGUGGAUCAGCCUAUGCCACUACGUCAACGAGCGUCAUCAAGUCCGAGUAAGGAUAUCUCGCAGUCUCGGCCUGCGACGCUCGGUUCGACUGUAGAACCCCUGUCCUCGCAUCCGGAGAGUACGAGGAAGAAAGUUACAGCAACGUUUGUCAUUGAAGAUUCGGGUAUGGCAAACACCAAGGAUGAACCAAAAUGGGAGAAAAGGGCGCAAAUGGAGGCGAAAAAGAGACGUUUGGAGUCUCGUACUGAUAAUUUUUGA